AUGUAUAUCGGGCCAUGGCAGGAGCUCAAACUUGCGAGAGUGCUGGCACUGCAACGCACGCUCGAGAAGGUCAACAAGCAAGAGAAGGAUGACGAAGCGCACCGCACCGACAAGCCUGCCCGAAGCGGCCUCCUGCCGCCGCUCCCCAAUCCCCCUGCACGCGAUGCCGCCAUGCCCAUGCGCCCGCCCUACAUCAUGGACUUCGGCAAUGAGCCAUCCGACCCGCUUGUCAGAAGGUUUCUGCCUGGUGCGGCGGCGGGCAUCCCCGAGAACACCUACAGCCUGCACGACACCGCAUCGGCCAAGGCCAGUGCAGCGCGAUUGGAGAAGGCCCACGUCAAGCUGGAGCAGUGUUACCAGCAGUGCUCGCGCAUCGUCAACAUGGCCAGCACCAUUGUGCAUCGGCAGAAGAGGACCGUGAGGAAGGCGCAUGAGGCGGCAUCGCAUUGCCCAUCGGUUGCGCACACGUCGGUGCCGAGCGGGGCGAGGACGCCUCAGUCGGUUGGGGCUGACCACGAGAGGCUACGAGACAGGGCCGGGAUAACGUCACGUAAGAAGCCGCUGAGGAGGACGAGGAAUGAUCCCACGACCACGCCGGUGAAAAAGAAGCUGACGGAGCAUCAGAAGAGGGUCAAGCAGUGGCAGCGAGUGUUCAGUGACCAGCAGGGGCACGGAGGAAAGGAAGUUCCUCUCUCUCCCGGUACCUCUAUCCCCACUCUGUCUCCGGCAGCCCAGAAGCCUCCCCUCUAUCCCAAGCCCAGCCCAGCCAGACAGCCACCUGCCAGAGAGCCUGCAAUGGACUCCCCACAAUCGGAGAUGAAGAAGAGGCUGUCGUUUUCUUUCACACCCGAGAGAUCGCGCUUGGCAGAGGCGGGGCGGGCUGUUGUGACAAACGGUGUCUCGUCGUCUCGGCAGAAGACCCCCUGUUUCGCUUCUCUCGACGCGCCUUCGCCGUCAAGCCGGCCGGCCUCACCCACAUCGAAAGAGAUCAGGGAGGCCUUCCAGGCGGCAAGGAGCCUGCUUGAGAAGAAGGAACCACCUGACAGCCAUCCAGCGCCUGCCCCUGAACCCGCCCCCGCCCCUCCCCAGGAGCAGCCUGCUGAGACACGGCCAUUGAAGAGCCGUGGCAGCUGCAGCAAUAGCAGUGAUGAUCGCAUGGUGGAGCGGGGCAGCGGCAGGCCAACAGAGAGACGGCAGUGGACGGUGAAUAUGAUCCACACCGCCUCCACAAGGGAGACAGACUACGCCGCUACAUCGCAUGACGGCACAUCGAGACAGUCGUCGACCGACACGAUGAACGGGAAUGGGAACGGUGUGCUGAACGGGAGUGGGGAUGCUAUGGGUGAGUCUGAGAGCGGUGAAAAGGGAGUAGAUGAGGGUGAGUGGUGUGAGCUCGAGGACGAUCUGAUUUCCUGGGCACAAAGACUUCCUUGCGCGUAGUUCCCUUGCUGACCGAGCUGGGGGGUUUCUUCAAUUUCUUUCCUAUUUCGUUCCACGGUUCCAUGAU